AUGGGUAACACCUUUGGUGCAAAGAAGACCACAAAGGUGAUGAAGAUUGAUGGUGAGACAUUCAAGUUGAAGACACCAGUGAAAGUUGAGGAAGUGCUUAAGGAUCACCCUGGUCUUGUUCUGCUAGAUUCUGAGGCUGUUAAGCACUAUGGGGUGAGAGCAAAGCCUCUGGAAUCACACAAGGAGUUGCAACCAAAGAGGCUCUAUUUUCUUGUGGAGCUUCCCAAGGAGACAAAGCCAAGAAGGGUUCGUUCUGGCAUUAACAUGAGUGCCAAAGAUCGCCUUGAGAACCUAGUGCUUACUAGGAGGUCUGCUUCUGAUCUUUCAAUCAUGAAGCAAAGCAACAUGGGUGAUGGUGAACAAGGCAACAACAACAACAAGGAGAAUAAUGGUGGGGUGAGGUUGAAAAUGAGGCUUCCAAAAGCUGAGGUGGAGAAGUUGAUCCAUGGUAGCAAAGAUGAGGCUGAAGCAGCCCAGAGGAUCGUGAAGCUGUACAUGGCCAAUGGCAGCAGAGAAACUGAGCAAAAUGGUGAAAAGAUGAUGCUGUUUGAUCCACAAACACACUGCAAAGACAGAGUUAAGGAGAGUCCAAAGAAGAGGGUGAGCUUUAUGCCAAUGAACGAAGGAGGGACUCAAGUGGCUGUGGCUUCAUAA